AUGGCGGGCUUCCCUCUAGGCACCGGAGGAAGCGGCCGCGACAGCUCCGCGUCGCCGCCCGGCGUGCACCCGUCCGACGCGUCCACCUUCCUCUACGCCACGCGCGGGGGCGGCUUCCAGCUAUGGGGCCAGCCGCAGGACCAGCAGCAGCUCACGCACCCCUUCUACGCCCCCAACCUCAUCCGCUUCGCCACCGAUGACCUCCCCGCAGGCGCCGCGCAGUCGCUCGCCGGCGCGGCCUCCUCCUCCUCCUCACGCGGGGCGCGCGCUGCCGCCCUGGCCGGCACCGGCGGCGGCACCAGCUGCCAGGACUGCGGCAACCAGGCCAAGAAGGACUGCCAGCACCAGCGCUGCCGCACCUGCUGCAAGUCCCGGGGCUUCGCCUGCUCCACCCACGUCAAGUCCACCUGGGUUCCCGCCUCCAAGCGCCGCGAGCGCCAGCAGCAGCUCACCGCGCUCGCCGCCUCCGCCGCCGCGACCACGGGCGGGGCUGGCCCCUCACGCGACCUCACCAAGCGCCCCCGCGCUCGCCUCGCGGCCACCACGCCCACCACCUCCUCAGAUGGUGACGGUGGCGGAGAGGUUCCCGCGGGAGGUGAGCUCGGAGGCGGUGUUCCGAUGCGUGCGUCUCGGGCCGGUGGACCAGGCCGAGGCGGAGCUCGCGUACCAGACCACCGUCAGCAUCGGCGGCCACGUGUUCAAGGGAAUCCUCCACGACGUCGGCCCCAGCAACGCCCACGCCCAGCUGCAAGCUGCCGCAGGAGGCAGCGGCGGCGGAGGCGGCGACUACCAGUUCCGCCUGACCGGCGACGUGUCCCCGCCGAGCACGGGCGCGGAAGCGGGCGACGCAGGCGGCGGCAACAACCACAACAUCGUCGUGUCAUCGGCUGUGGUGAUGGAUCCGUACCCGACGCCCGGGCUCUACGGCUCGUUCCCGGCCACCACGCCCUUCUUCCACGGCCACCCCUACCAGAGACAGUGACGACGCACGGACGCACGUCGACGGCGCCUCCCGCUGUAACACCGUGCCUCCACCCAACCCCUGGUUUCUUCGAUCUGUCAAUUGAUGCAUAA